AUGGAACAAGCAAAAUCGCGAUCCAAUGGCCUAUUGGCCAUGGGGUUGUUAGUGAACCUCAUACUGACUCUCGCUUCAGUUGGAGUUGUUAUUUACAAAGUACGAGUUUUGGAGGAACAGGUGUUUCAGCUUCAGUCAAGGCAGCCGGUGACAUUGCAGGCUGAAACUAUCGACAGUGGAGAUUAUGAAACAUCAAAUCGAAUGAAAAGAUCUUCUGAGUCUGUUAGUGGGUCCAAGAGCUGCGUCAGCUGCCACAAUGCUUGUGUCAAACUGUUUGGUUUAGGAACGUCAGCUAAGGUAAGAAGAAAUGACCCAUAAUCAUGAAGAAGAGGGUAUUUUAGAUGCACCGUUACACUAUUUUCUCUAUCUCUCAUUCUUUUGAAGUGUAGUUUUUUUCUUGUGAAAACAAAAAGGGGACGAAUGUUGAUGAUGAUGAUGGUGAUGAUGAACAUAAGGGUCCUUCUUGAAAAUCAUUUUAAAAUCAAUAUAUUCUAUAAUUGUUACUGGUCUACGCAGCCACGUUUCUUUUUCCCUAUUUGCGUUGUUCUGUCUUUUUUAUCUAUCAUUUUUUUUUGGUUCAUUUUUAGAUAAGGAUUUUUCAAUCCUUCCUGUAGUAGGAAGGGAUCGGUGCCCUAUCCGACAGCUCUCUGAUGAAGAAAAACAGGUGCAUCACCUACGACGCAAAAUCCAUCUCAGUAAUUCAAAAAAUCUUUUUGUAAACAAUGGGAUUAUUAAUGUCCGGGCGCUAAGAUAAUUCUUUGAUUCCUGUACUAGCAACCUGACAUCAGUACAGCACACUCUGAGUUAUGCAUUUCCUCAAUUAACCCUGAUUCAGCAAAAGCCACUGAUAUAUAAUCAGGGUCAAUUAGUUUGUUAUCGCUAUUUCUUGAACCGACUUUAUUGAACAGUGCUUCUAAACGUGCAUCACACAGCGCAAGUAAAGGACCUUUUUCUUCUCAGAACUAAGGAAAUAUCAAAGAAGCUUCUAACAGAUUUAUUUAUUUCCUUCCCUUCUUUUUUAUUUAUUUUUUUUAUUUUUAUCUUUUUUUUUUUGACAAAAAGACAAAAGUGCAGUAGUUCCGCGCAUAAAAUCUCUCCACGUAGCAAUAUAAUAUUAAAACUAAAAAUUAGUAAGGGCUUGUCACUGAUUAAUUCGUUGGUUUAAGGUGAACGAGGGCCGCAAGGAAAACAGGGACCUCGAGGCAAGCGCGGCAAGCAAGGUGAAGCAGGAAAAGCUGGUAAACAAGGACCACCUGGCGGAAGAGGCCCCCGAGGACCCAAAGGAAGACCUAGAAAGGCUUUUUCAGGAAACACAUCUAAACUGGUUGAAGAUAUAGGUAUCUAUAUACUUAAGAUGUACGACGGGGCAAGACCAAAAUUUCCUGGCAAUUGACUUGACAGUUAACUGUUUCUCACGAAAAAAAUAAUAAUGGCCUGAAAAUGGGGCGAGAACAGAAUAUCACCAUAUUUCCUUUCUGUUUUGCUAACUUCAAGAUUUUCAAAAAACUCUUACCCACUUGAACUUUCAUUCAGAGUAUGGGAGUAGCGAUGAUCAAGCACACGGCAGUAGUGAAUGUUAAAUCCCUCAGAUCACGCAAAUGUUCUGCAGUGUUAGGUAGAGUAAUUGGGUGAAUUCACUUUUCUCUUGUUUUCGCAUGAUCAAAUUGAGGAAGGAAAACGGAAGGGAGGUCGUCUAGUGAUCAUUAUUUAUCAUUCCCGUGGCACUGAUCUCUUCGGCGUAGAAAUACAGCCAGCCGUGCCCAAGAGGGUCGUGGGGUCGUAGGGUCGUUUAGAGUGUUGUAGGUCGUCUAACACAGCUUUCCUUUGGAAACUGACUGGGCAAUGAACGGACUUGCAAAGGACAAGAAGGAACAUGGUAAUUUACCGCCACCCGGUUUUGAAAGUAACACUGAAAUAUAAUCUUGAAAUAGACUACUAAGUGCCGUUAUUAUUGCACGGAAUCUAAUUCCCGUGGCUGGUUUAAAUACCCAGAUUUGCCCAAGAUCAACACGGGACCUCCUUCCAGCUUAACUACAAGAGAAGGAAACAACGCUUCCCUUCCAUGCUCCGCCAAUGGCAUCCCUAAACCGACGAUCACGUGGUAUAAGAACGGUGAAGCGCUUGACGGUUCUAAAUAUGAUGCAGAUUCAGGAAUGUUGACCCUUAACGACAUUCAGUUUGCUGAUCAUGGUGUGUACAAAUGCGAGGCGAGGAAUUUCCUGGGGUUUGAUUCAGCAACUGUGGAAUUAGUUGUCGAAGGUAGGUGUUUAACCUUAAUGAAGCCGUAAUAUUAGCCAGUUCUUAAACGUAGGGGAGAUUUCUGGGAUCAGUUCACAAACGGUUAGUCCUUUUUUGGAUGUGUAAAUGUAUCUAUGUUGUUGUUUGUUUGUUGUGCAUUCUGUUCUUAUUUCUAAGCAGCGUGUGGUAGUUAACUCCUUUUGUUUCAAAAAGUGUCGAUAGAAAUACUGGGCCAAUUUUUUGUCUGGGGGGGGAAGGGGCGGGGGGGGGGCGGUAAACCAUUUGCCCAAAAAAUUCUUGCAAGUUGCCCAAAUGUUUACAAAACAGUCGAACAGAAACGAGGGCCAUACGAUGCAACAACAUAGGCCGUACUGGCAUAUGAAAGUGGCUCGAUAUAGUUUUUCAGGGUCAAUACCUGCGAAGUUUGAGCGUAGUUUACGCAACCAUAAACAAACAUUUGGAAAAAUUGCCACCACAGUUGUUUUAGAUUUUGUUUUGUUAUGAUCCGGGUUGCAAUAACAUCGGAGUUGUCAUAGCAACGAAAUGACGCCAUUACCUAUUAUACUUACGGCAACAUUUCUCACUGGGAACUGUUCUUCCAAAAUCGUUCACGGGAGCAUUUUCCUCCAAUAGUCGCUUCGAUGUUCGUGAAGUUAAAACGGAAUCUGUAUAAGAGCGUUGCGGAGAUAUUUUGGGAUAAAGUUUAAAUCGUUAGAAAUACGGUAAAAAAGGAAAAUCUUGAUGUUUGGCCGUUAUCUGUAGAAAACGAAGCGCUUUUGACAUGCAAUUUCACCUCAUAGUAGUUUCAAUCUUUUUAAAAACGUGGGUGAAAGAUCAUGGAGAUAGCUCUGGCCAAUUGCUACAAAAAAUGAUUUGAAAAAACUGCUACAAAAAAUGAUGGCGCUCUUGUUAGCGGUUUUGUAAACAUUUCGGUCUACUUUAACAAAUUAGUGAAUAAUUUUUAAACCACUCGAUAGAUUUUUUUUUUAAAAAAAUUAAGAUUCUUCGCGUAAUUCAAACUGAGAAUUAGUCAGCCACUUCUUCACUUUCAGACCCAUUGCUGAUGCUAUCUGCCAUACAUUGUUCUACGAGCAGAGAUGAUUCUAGAAAGUUAGGCGGAAGUCUAUUCUAAUGAAUUCACGACUGGAAAUAGUACAUUGCAGUACAGUGCCCAACAAUAAAAAAAAUCAGCACGUGAUACCCUUCCCUUAUAACCAGAAACCCAUUACGUGCUAGGCAACCACUGUCUCGUGUGAAUGUAACAGUACUGGAUUAUUACGCCAACUUCAGGUUAAAAUAGAAAAUAUUUCUCUCUUCAAAAUAAUGAUUUGAAAAACACGGAAACGUCUUUAAAAAAAACUGGCUUUGCCCAAAUGUUCUCUUGCUGUUCAAAAACUCUGAGAAAAAAAAAUAGAAAAGGCGCAAAAAAUCUUGUUCACAUUUUAACGAUUAAAGCAAUUUUAAUGAUUGUCAAUGUUAAACGAGCGUAUGUACAGUGUAUACAGAUACGACUUAUUUUAAAGGAUUUAAACUUAAGAACCACUUCAAAAAAGACAUAAACGUGUUUCGGCUGUUCAAGAAAAUAGUGGUAUUUAAUCAAGUCAGGCAUGAACUAAAUGUCCUUUCUUAAAAACCCCUCCGCUAUUUCUUUAACAUGACUUAAACAAUUUUGCAGUGCCACCACGCUUUGUAGAGACACCGGAGGUAUAUCACAUGGGAUACGAGACUUGGGAUAGCACUAUAUCAUGCAAUAUCUUUGGAUAUCCUCCGCCGGUAAUAAGAUGGACCCGAGCAUUCAGGCCAUUGCCUAUCGGCCGUCACGUGAUUACUGGAAAAGACCUUAUUAUAAAGGAUACCGAGAAGAUAGACAGAGGACCAAUCAUGUGCCGAGGCGAUAACAGACUUGGUCACGUGUACGCAAUGAUUGUGCUUGUGGUGAAGCCUGUUGGUAAGGAAUAAGAUCUUAAAAAGCCCCCUAUUCUUUCCUAUUUUGCAUUAAAAAGUGUAAGGAAUAGUAAACGGGAGAUCAGAAGUUAUCUUUUUCGAGCAAGAACCUAAAAAUAUUUUCCCCAACAGUGACGGUUAUCAAUAUCUGCUUCAACGUCACAUGGCAGUUAACAAUAGUACUGUUUCGCGAGUUAAUUCUCUGCGCGAGGUAUUAUGAGAGACCUACCAUUGCAUGUUAACCACGAGUUUGUUUUCUUAUUCUUUGGCGAUUUUUAAUUCUGAUUUCUAGUCAAUCCUGUUAUCACUACUGCACCACCCUCAUUCAUCGCAGUUACAAAGCUUCACGAUACAGUUACCAUGAUAUGUGCUGCCCAGGGGUCCCCCGUCCCCACUCUGGAGUGGCGAAAGGAUGGAGUAGUGAUUUCUACCAAUACAACAUCAACGACGGUAGAAGAAGUAAAUGGAGAGCUUGUUAUUCCUCGAUUUAGCCCAGCUGAUCAAGGCGUCUACACAUGUUUCUUUAAAAACUACGACAAUGGAACUGCUGAAACCUCAGCCACUGCAGGUCUAAAACAAUUAUUAAAUAAGUAAUCGAAAGUAACGGAGGUGUUUAAACUAACAGGUUUAUUGGUCCCUAAAAGACUUCGACUCCGAUCGCAAUCAUAAAGGUUUAUUAGGUGUUGCUAAAUGAGCCUGCUGUAAAUUUUUCAGCAGUCUUGAUAUGUUAAUGUUUAAUAUAACAUAUUAAGUCAAAUUAUAAUACAUAUUACUACAUAAUUAUAUUGCCUAAAGAAACUGUCUAAUUUUUAAUUUAGAACUGGUUGGCUGUGGAGAUCCUGGUGUGCCUGUGCAUGGCUAUAAGAUUGGAGAGAAUUACUGGGGAGGACAAAUGGUCAAAUAUACAUGUGACCCAGGUUACUUCUUAGAGGGACCUACAAACAGAAUGUGCCUGGAAAAUGGAAAUUGGAGCGACGUCGUCCCAAAAUGUAAUGAAAUGGAGUCCAGUUUUAUUGCCUAUUCACUUCUCUUUUAUUACCUCUUUUACUUAAAUAUUCAAAAACUGAUCAUUGAGAACCUGCUCAUCAGGGGCGGAUCUAGGGGGAGGGUGCAGGGGGUGCGCCCCCCUGAGAUGACCCGUGGUUUUCUAAUACAACUGGUAUUCUGCAAAAAAAAAAACUAUGAGGUUUAUUGGUGUUGGAGUAGAGCAAGAGACGAGAGUACCCCCUCCUAAAAAAAAUCCUGGAUCCGCCCCUGCUCAUGAUCUGUGGAAAAGAGAUCGAGCCGUGAACUAUGGCGACAAAUGCAAAUAAAUUGUCCACGAUCUUUAUGAUUGCUUUUCACUGCUGCUGAUGGAGAAAUAAGCUGAGCGCUUUUACUCUUGCAUUUAUUAAACGUUUCAUAAAGACAGUGCCGGUAUAUGUACAUAUGUUUACUUCGUACGUUUAUAAUGAGUUUGUGUUUCUCAGGCCACCGCUUGUGCAAUGAGCCUUCUCCAGUUGAAAAUGGUUACAUUAUAGCAACUGAAUUCUGGGAAGGAAAAAACAUAACCUACAAAUGCAAUGGAGGUUAUUGGCUGAGAGGACCGCCGGUCAGGGUUUGUAAUGCCACAACCGGAAACUGGACCAUGGAAGCACCAAUUUGUGAAGGUAGAUUUGAUUCUGGGAAAAGCUGAAUCACGCUACUAGUUGAUUACGCCGCGCAACUGUUCUAAGACGUUUUUCAGUACAGUGGAAGACUAUUAAGGAAGUCAAAGCUCUCUCUUUUCUAUUGUUCAAAAGUAACAAAAAUUAAAACAAUUAAAACACAAAAAUAAAACAAAACAGCAAGGCAGGCAGGUUUUUUUUUCUCACAGCAUGAUUUGAAGGGAAAGAUAACUAUAAUAGCGAGAGAGAACACGGGUCAGGUGGUUUUGUCAAAUGUAUAAAAAGCACGAUGAUUUUUUACAGCAUCUUGCUGCAAACAUAUUAACUGAAAUCUGGAAAAACCGUCAAAGUACUUUAAGCGACUUGGAUUAAUUUUUGUCUUUCAGAAGAUUUUAUAUGAGAGAAAACUUUAACCCCUUCUGUGACAUUAAACUGUGCAAUAUUUUAGUUUAUGACACCCCAGCUUCUUUACUAUGCAAAGUUAUCUAUAUAAGCAAUGGCUAGUUUCAAAUAUCUUAUAUAGUUUGCUAUAAAAUCAAAAGCUCAAGUUUUGUCAAAAAUUUAUCAAUUUUACAGGGCCAGAGUUUGAACCAUCAAAAAUCCUCCUCAACAAAACCAGGUACUGGGAACUGCUGAAGAGGUGGUUAGAGCCCGUAUCUACAUUACCCACUAAAUGGAAGCUCUGCUACCGAGCUACGGACCAUGGAUGGAGAUCCAGCACAUUCCACGCAAAAUGCAAUGGCAUGGGUCCCUCAGUGACCUUUAUAAGGGUGGGAGAGUAUAUCUUUGGGGGAUACACUGACCGAAACUGGCGUAAGUAUUCUAUUACCAUCAUUUUUUGUGUGUGUUCUUUAUUGCAACUACCCUGGGUACCAGAGGUUUAAUUCUCUCGCGUGCGGCGAGAAUUUUUGGUGUUGACCAAAGGCCAACACACCGUAGGCCGAAGCCACGAGCGGCGAAGCCGCGAGAAAAAACGCGCGCUGGUCCGCCUAUAAAGACUCGACAGAAACUGGAAACCGCGCCAAAAAAGUCUCUGGCACCCAGGGUAUAAUGCAACAGAAAUCAGUAAAAUUCAAGAAACGGUUUUUAACUGUUGCCGGCGUACUGAAGAAACAGCAGAGUUUUAUUUUAAUAUAGCAAAAAAUGUUUUUCCUCGCUAUUAUAGUCUUGUUAGCAAAGAGAAGGCGCUACCUUGAUGGACGUUUGAUAGUAUGUUUGAAGAGAAGAUCAAAAUUUAGAAAGAGACACACACCUCACGCACUAUACCGGUGUGGCCAGUUCAUUACUAUUGUGAAGAAUUUUGAACGUUAUUUUUAAGAGCUGUGUCUUAUGUGCAUCAAUUUGGAAAAAUUAGCAUAUAACGUCAAAACAGUAAAUGUAACGCGAAUUUUUGGCCGGUUAGUUGGCUAGAUUUCUCUUGAAAUUUCAAGGUGGUGGAGUAAAUCAAUCUUAAUGAAAGUUUCAGACGUUGUUAUAUAUACAUAAUGAAGAUCAUGUGACGAGGUUUAAAAAGAAUUAUGUCAAGCUGUUUUAGAGAUAAUACAGAAAAGCGCUAAAAGUCAAAAUUUAGAAUAAAGUUGUACUUAGACAGGUUGUGAGAAAACAGGUUAGUUUUCAGAAUUGGAAGAAAGAAAAUACACCAAAAUUCCCAGCAUCGAAAUAUGAUAUUACGCAACCUUUUGAAGCUACCUAACCUAAGUACCUAAGUAUCUAGAACUUUUUAUUAAACAUUUUAUCACGGCUAUUGAAAAUAUAAGGUUUGAAAUAUAUUUUCGUUGUACUUCAAUUCAAACACACAGAAAUCGAAUUUUUUACUUCUCACGGAGGUUUGCUAAACACCACACUUUUCAGGCAUCCUACUAAGAUGAACAGUUGCAACAUAUAGUAAGAUAUUUCGGGCAAAAAGAAUUUGCUGUCUGUCCAAUUUGAAUUAGCCUUGUAAGGUGUGAUACUUACACAGAUGACCUUGUUUUGGAGGUCAGAGCUGACCUUGGUUUAUUUCUCCUGUUUGGGUUUUUUAACCAGCUUUCUAACGUCUUACAGAUCGCAGCUGUGUUUAAGGUAACCACACGGAGUUUGCCACUCCUUAUCGGGUCAGCUAAUCGAAACAUGACCAGGUUUGGUUUGUAAAACCGCUACUGUUCAGCUUGUUAGUGGGUAGGAGUUGAGUAGGAGUUAGGAGUGUUAGUAAGAGUGUAGUAGAAGAUUAAGAAGCGAAGACGAAUAAGGAAAAGAAAACUAUUGGAGUCAUCUAGCUUGGCAGGUUAGUUGCUCGUCGAACACACUCACAUUACGCACGCAUACAGCCAUAUCACCUGAGCAGCAGCCAUAGACAGCUGGUUUGUCUUUUAGACUGGAAUGUGACUGUGAUUGAAGGGUCCUUUCAACGACAAUGAAAGUUGUUUUAUCUAGUUCAUCGACGCAGUUCAUUAUUCUAUUAAUUAUACAACGUAACUGAUAAUUUUCUUCCAGAUUCUGGCGGCCACUUCACACACUCCGUCCAUGGUUUCCUAUUUUCCUUUAAAAACAAAGAUGGAUUGGAGCCUUUCAAGCUUCACAUCAAAAACUAUGAGCAUGCUAUCUAUGGAAACGAUGGCUACGGUCCAACAUUUGGAGCCAGCCAUGAUAUUUACAUCGCUGAUAGUGCCGGUUCCAACUCCAACUCGCACUCUAAUUUGGGUCACAACUACGUGCAAGUAGCGGGCUACAAAUAUGGAGCAAGUGACACGCAAAGUCUGCUCGCUGGAAGCUACAAUUUCCAACCCCACGAGGUGGAAGUGUUUUAUCAGACUUACCAAAGCUAA